UGAACGCACCAUUAAAGGUUAAAAACAAUGGCUGACAGUUAGGUUUUGCGUAUUAGCUUUUAUAUGCGGGACAGCUGUAAAUGAUGGCCUCAUUUGGCUGGAAGAGGAAGAUUGGCGAGAAGGUGUCAAAGUCUGUGGUCCAGCAGUUUGAGAUUGAGGACGAGCGAGCUGAAGGUGAUGGUGAGGCGGGUCAGGAUGAAGAGGUGGACUGGCUGCACGCCAUCAAGCGGAAGAAGGAGGUUCUGCUGGAGGACUGUGCUGCAAAGAGCAAGAGGCUGACAGAGGAGGGGACCCUGUUGGCUGAGGAGGGCAGGCACUGGGAGGCCAUAAAGAAGUGGGAUGAGGCUAUUCAGCUGACUCCAGACGACUCUCCGCUGUACGAAAUGAAGUCUCAGGUGCUGACCAUCCUGCAUGAAGUGUUUCCUGCUGUGAAGGCAGCAGAGAUGGCCGUGAAGUUCAGGCCGCUGUGGUGGGAGGGCUGGCAGACUCUGGGCCGGGCACAGCUCAACCUGGGAGAGGUGGACCUGGCUGUGAGGUCCUUCCAGAUUGCCAUCCACCUGUGUCCCUCUGAGCGCAGCCUGUGGCAGGAGGAUCUGAAAUGGGCUUGGACCUUACAGAAGCAGCAGCUGGCCACCAAGGAGAAGAUCAGACAGGAGGAGGAGACCAGAAAGCAGAUCCUCAAUGCCCCCGAGCUGGAGCAGGACUACGACUUUGAGUCCGAUGAAGUGCUAGCAGCCUGUGUGGCUGUCGCUGACAGGCAGACGCAGUACGAGGAGCUGAGGAGGACCACAGUGGUGAUAGACGCUGAGGGGAAUGUACGAAACGUAGUGAGCGGGGAAGAGGGAUCGCAGGAUACGGACACGCCAGCAAGCGAGCAGUUUGUUAAAGCAAGAGGACUCUGAACUGCUCUCACAUUGAACUGAUUAUCCCGUGCAAAGCGUAAACUUAAUAUUAGACACAAAGAUCACAGAAGACCUAGUUGUUGCAACUCUUUGUAUUUAACUAUCCCACCUCUUUACCAUCAAUUAUAGGUAAAUGUGAACGUUAAGUUUUUAUAUCUGUUGUGACUCAUGGGGCUGGAAACGAACGUGGAAAGAUCAGCCUGGGGAGUCACGUUUCAGUCAGUGAGAGUCGGUUCAAUGUUCAGCUAGAGGCCACUGCUCCCAUUUAUGCAGAAUGGAACCAGAUGCUCAAGUAUACGGUGCCUUGGUAAAGUUUUAAAGUGUUUCACAAUUUGUCACAUUGCAACAACAGACCUUUUAAUGUAUUUGAUGUGACGGAACAGAACAAAGCAUCAGUGGGAGGAAAUUUAUAUUUGUUUUUCAAUGUUUCCACGAUAAGAAAAAAAUGAAAUGUCUGGCAGGCUUUUGCAUUCAGCUCACCUGCGUGCCAAUCUUUUAGGCUGUAUGUCUACCAGAUUUGAACUUAUUAUCUCUUUUUUUUUUUCAGGGUUGGAGACCCCUGGUAGAGAAGCAGGUAUUCCUUUGACAGAUUACCCCACCUUACUUGUGAAUCUCUGCUGCUCUUCCACAGUUACCAAAGGUCUCUCCUGCUUCUCUGAUUAUAGCUCUAAUUCCCCAGCCUGUCAAUUCAUAUAAGCAGCCCAUAUUAUUCUAGAUAAACAGUAAAACGUACAAACCUUGAGAUAUUUUUUAAUAAACUAACUUCACUUAUAGUGUUAUGUUCCUUGGUCAUCAUGAUGAUCACUAGUGUUUUUCCUAGUACAGCUAGACUGUAUUUACUAGAGAAGGGUUAAAGGCAAGUGGUGUCACUGAGGUUCACAUUUUUAAUUGAAACCUUGUAUUGUUUUCCUUCCAUAUCACAUAAAAUUCCAGAAAAAUAUAUAGAAGUUUCCGGUUUUAAUGUGACAAAAUGUGUAAAGGUUCAGUGGGUAUAAUUACCUUUGCAAUGCACUGUAUUAAUAAGAGACAACCAGUUUGUUUUAUUUUGAAAUUGGUUAUUAUUGUAGUGUGUUUCGUUACUUAGACGUGUUUUAUCUAUUUUCACACACAGCAAAAGUUUUUUUUUUUCUAAUAUGAAUGCAAACCGGAAUCAUUUUUUGUAUGAAAUUGUCAGCUUUGUGAUGCGUACUUCUAAACUGGAAAUGAUUGUCAUUGUGAGUACAUGCUAGGCUGUUUCUUUCUAUUGCAAGUGUCAUAAAGUGAACAAAUUUAGCUUUAACAUUAAAUCAAUCCUUUAAUAUUUUAA